CUUCUCUCUCCCUCUGAUCUGUAAUCCGUCACCAUUCCAACAUCACACUUCCUCAACCACAAUCUGGGAUUUUUUGCACUCCCAGCCGCCACGUAGUUUAUCCUCCUUCACUCUCACAUUUCGUCGUUCACAGCUGUGCUCGAAUAGGCUACAAGUCUUAUAUUUUGGACGCUCAGCGAGCGCAACAAACCGGCCAACGAGGCCAUCCUAUCACCCACCUCAGCGGACCACAUUCACCUUCCACCCACCAUGGCGCCUUCUCUAGAAACCACCGAAUCAGUCGACGACGUCCUCACCAACCCCCUCAAACAAAAACCGAACCUCGUCGCCCCAGAACCCGAACACUGCCCGGGCCCCGAAUCCGAACAAGCCGGAAAAGCCGACUCGUGCGCCGGGUGUCCGAACCAAGCCGUAUGCGCAUCCGCCCCGAAAGGCCCGGACCCGGACAUCCCAAUCAUCUCCGCCCGACUAGCGGGAGUGAAGCACAAGAUCCUCAUACUGAGCGGCAAAGGCGGCGUGGGGAAGAGCACGUUCACGACCCUCCUGGCGCACGCGCUGGCGACGAACCCGGACGCCAGCGUGGGCGUGAUGGACACGGACGUAUGCGGGCCCAGCAUCCCCAAGAUGCUCGGCGUCGAGCGCGAGACGAUCCACGUCAGCGGCGCGGGCUGGAGUCCCGUGUGGGUGCUGGACAACCUCGGGGUGAUGAGCAUCCAGUUCAUGCUGCCGAACGCGGACGACGCGAUCAUCUGGCGCGGGCCCAAGAAGAACGGGCUCAUCAAGCAGUUCCUCAAGGACGUCGAGUGGGGCGACCUCGACUUCCUCCUCGUCGACACGCCGCCGGGCACCAGCGACGAGCACCUCAGCGUCAACUCGUUCCUGCGCGACGGCGGCAUCGACGGCGCCGUCGUCGUCACCACCCCGCAGGAGAUGGCGCUGCUGGACGUCCGCAAGGAGAUUGACUUUUGCCGCAAGGCCGGCAUCCGCGUCAUUGGCCUUGCUGAGAACAUGAGCGGCUUCGUGUGCCCCAAGUGUACGGGCCAGAGCGACAUCUUCAAGGCUACCACGGGGGGCGGGCGCGCUCUGGCGGAGGAGAUGGGCGUGUCGUUCCUCGGGAGCGUACCGCUCGACCCACGGAUAGGCAUGGCUUGUGACUACGGCGAGAGCUACUUUGACAGCUUCCCUGAUAGUCCGGCUUGUGCCGCUUUUAAGGAGGUGGUGGGGAAUAUGAGCAAGGAGAUUGGGUUGGAUCCCAAGGAAGUGCUGCCCGAGUUGAACUAGAGGGAAGAAACGGACCAAAGAUGCCGGCUAAAGCUGGUAUAGAUGUGAUAAGACAGUUUUCUAUUUUGCUCUUCGUCAUGUAGCAUCAACACAUUUGAUACCCCGGCGCUGGUUGCCAUUUAGAAUAUGAGAACGCGAGAUUUGAUUGU